UCUAGUCUGAAAAGGGGGCUGUGACAUCAUGGAGCUAUGGGCGGGGCCUCCCUUUGUUGCGGUCCAAUCAGGCUAAGAGUUGGGCUUCUGGGCGGGGCCAAGGAAACCUCAGGGAAUAUCUCUUGGGAAUUUGGGGCCCUGCGUGGGUAGCCGGAAGGCAGAGGCUUGGGAGUUCCUAUUAGUAAGGGGCGAACCGUGGCUGUAAACCCCAGUUAAAAACUGUCUAUACCACGCAACCAACCUCACCCUCACCACCCUCCUCCGCCAAAAUCUUUAAUUUUGGUCGUGGGAAAAAGAGUGGAAGGAGUGGCCUGUUCUUCCUCUCUGAAAGCCCUCAGAACCUGGACUCUUCAGCGAACCCUAGUGUUGGAAGGUACAACAGUCAGGAGUCAAGGUCGGGCUGCGGCUGUUUAGAGUGCUUCGGGACUCCUCGGUUUUCUAAUGAGAAGUGUGCGCCCUGCAAAUUGGGGCUCCAUUAGUCUCGGGGAAGGGUUUCUCUCCGUUUAGCGUUCACCUCGGUUUGGGGUAAGAGGAGCCUCCCCGGAGUUCGGCGCGAACUGCGCGCUCUGGCCGCAAUGGGGCCGUGGCGGCUUCCCCUCCUGGUGGCGGCUCUGGCCGGCUGCCUGCUUCCUGCCCGGGGCUGUGUCAUGUGUGAUCCAAACGUCGUGGGGGCGCUAAACUCCUUGGAGACGGAUUACCUGCCUGGCCACCUGGAGGCCAAGCAUCACAAAAACGUGAUGAAAAGGGUAAAGCAGGCAGUGGAAGCUUUCAAGGACCUGCCGAUUGACGAGGAUUCCUAUAUGGGGGUCGUCGAUGAGGCCACACUGGAGAAGGCAGCUUGGAGUUUGCUGAAGGAUCUGAAACGCAUCAUGGACAGUGAUGUAAAAGGCGAGCUCUUCGUGAAGGAGCUGUUCUGGACGUUGCACCUGGCAAAGGAUAACUUUGCCAGCUACGCUGCUCAGUUUCAAAAAGCGGCGUUUUGUCCCAACAAAUGUGGUUUGAUGUUGCAGCCUCUGAUCUGGUGCAGUACCUGCCAGAAGCAGGUUCACUCUUGUCGAAAGUCCUCGAAUUGCGGAGGUGAGAGAGCUGGGCGCAGCCGGAGGGGUUGGCGCGAGAGGGGCGGAGCCAGAGGUGAGAUCAAGAGUCUAAAGAGGUCGGAGACUGGAGACAGCCAACAAGAAAAGGCGGGGCGAGACCAAGUGGAAGGGGGUUGGGAGAGGGCCCAGAACCGUGAAAGAGCAUCCCACAGUAACCCCCUAUUCCCAGAGCGCAAAGUCAAGGUCCAUCAGAUGGAAGAUAUGAUCCUGGACUGUGAGCUCAACUGGCAUAAAAUCUCUCAAGGCCUGACCGAUUACAGCUUUUACAGGGUUUGGGGGAACAAUUCUGAGACCUUGAUGUCCAAGGGGAAGGAGCCCACGCUGACCAAGACCAUGGUGCGUCCAAAGGAUGCAGGCACCUAUCGCUGCGAGCUGGGCUCCGUGCAAUCCAGUCCAGCCACGAUCAUCUAUUUUCAUGUCACAGUAUUGCCCAAAAGAAUCGUGGAGGAGAUACCGUCACCAAAUACUGAAACCAAGGAUGAGGUGGCCCCAGGUGAGGUGACUUUGGAUCGCCCCCAGACGGCCACAACCCUCCAGUCACAGUCUCCGAAGCCAGAGAAAGUGCUGAGAAGCCGCCUGGUCGGGCUGCUGAUCUGGGGCUUUGUCGUGCUGAUAGCCAGUGUUGCCACCGUGAUACUUUUAUCUCGGUCUGGGAAAGUGAUCGAUUUCAUAAAGUCCUCCUGGUUCAGCACUGGCAGUGGAGCUGCUCAGGACUCUGAGGUUUCAGAAGAAAAGGCCAAAGAAUCAAGGAGAAAAUAAAUAUUUAUCUGGUUGUCUAAGUAUCUGAC